GAUUCCUCUUCCUGGAAAACAGGCGAAUCAAUGUUAUGCCAUAAUACUUUGCUUAUUUAUUUUGCGAUUAAAGUGUUCGAAUGCAUUACAUAGUCUGCUAUUUUAGGAACCAAGGAUAUUGUGCGCAAGAUAACCUCCGCUCUUGCUAGCUCUUCGCGCGAUCAUGCACGUGUGUUAUAUGUGCAAUUAUAAUUUGCAUGCAUAUACAGGGCCGUACCGUACGUAAAACUCUCGUUAGUAACAAUCACUCAUUCAUUCUUCUGAGAAUUAUUACGCACAUUAUUGUUGAGUUUCCUGUGGUAGAUUUAUCAUUUAGAGUUUUACCGGAUCAUCAGUCAUGCCGAAGAAUAAAGGAAAGGGAGGAAAGAACAGGAGGAGAGGAAAGAAUGAGAAUGAGUCAGAGAAAAGAGAAUUGGUCUUCAAAGAAGAUGGUCAAGAAUAUGCCCAGGUUAUCAAGAUGCUUGGGAAUGGAAGGUUAGAUGCGCUGUGUUUCGAUGGCAAAAAGAGGUUAUGUCAUAUCAGAGGAAAAUUAAGAAAAAAGGUUUGGAUCAACCAGGGUGAUAUCAUAUUAAUCGGUCUGCGUGAGUACCAAGAUGAGAAGGCAGACGUCAUCCUCAGAUACAACGCUGAUGAAGCAAGAAACCUGAAAGGUUACGGAGAACUGCCCGAAAAUGCCAAGAUCAACGAAUCAGUCGCAUUCGGCCAAGACUACGAGGAUGACGAGGUGGCGUUUGACGAUCAGGGCUUCGAUGACGACAUAGGGGACGAAAUAGGAGCGAUAUAGCAGCGUGACCGAUGACAGAGUGGAGACCCCAAGCAGUGUGCCUCUGUUUUCAGUCUUGUGCAAUGGAAUUUAGCAAAGGACAAACUAAUAUCCUCAUCUUUCUUUAAAAUAAAAAUACACUUUUUUCCCCGUGUGAAGAGGUCUGACACUCCUCAUUACUACAAAUUUUCAAUGUAAAUGCUUGCGUGGGAAGUUCAUACUGAUUUAAAGCCGUCAGUUUGGCUAGCAGUAGCAAGUAUAUGAAGAUUACAUGCUUGGGCUAAUCUUGGAAUUAGGGGAGUCGGUUUUGUCUAAAUCACAGUUUUCAAGAGAUGAAAUAAGUUGAAUUAUUAUAUAUUUCACUAUCUAGAUGUUGAGAAUUCUGUUGCUUUAAAUCUAUUUCUUAAGUCUAAAUUUUGUAAAUGUUUCAAUUUUGAUUUUAAUGCUAUUUAAUAAAUUUUACCUCGAGGAGUCAUUUUGGUUAUCAGAUUUGCCGAGUUUUCUUAGAAUUUGUGUGGAAAUGCAAUUAAUAUAUAUGAUUGAACUUCUUUCAAUGUGAGUUCCUCCAGUGUUCCAUGUUUUGUUUUUAAGAGUGUAAAACUUAGGCCUUCGAUUAAUACCUAUCUUUAAAAAUUUAUUUUACAUGACUAAUCAAUUAAAGACAAAAUACAAUAUGCUUUCAUACUCAUUUGAAGGGGAAAGAAAUAUUUCUAGAAGGGAAUUUACUGUUAAAUACUUUAUUCCCCCUCCCCCACAAAAAAAAUAUUUUGAAACAUGAAAUCAAUGGAAAUGAUAAUUGCCAAAAAAAGGUUCUGGCAUCACUGUCUAUUUGUUACUUUCGGUAUAUUGUUAUGAGGGCUAUUUCGGGUUCUGCACAGUUUAUUUAUAGUUUGUCGUUAUUGGCAUUGCAAGAACUACAUGUGACUUUGUAUGCAACAAGGGAGCUUAUUUCUAUUCCAUUUUAAUUAUAGCGCUCUAACGUGUUUGCUUAAAUAGGGGCAAUGUUCAAGUUUUGAGGGGAAAAUUGUCCUUUCUCCCCCCCCCCCCCAUUUUUUUUUUUUGUACAUACUAUCAUAUAAAUGAGUGAGAUAGACAAGAGUUUUUCUAUAUGCACCCUUGAUUUGCUAAAUCCUAACUAGAUAUUGACAUGUGAAUUAGAUUGGAUUGGAAUAAAUUUCAUUGCACAAGUUACUGUUGAAACAAGAACCUACAUUAAAACAAAAUGAGGAGGAGCCUGGGCCAGGCGAAGGGAAAGUAUUGCCUUUUGUAAACUGCAUGCUAUUACAUAUUCACAUAUGAAUAAAAGGCUAGAUAUAUAUAUUAGCCACGCAUGAGCCAAUCACAUGCAAAGCAGACUUGUGAAUAUUAAAGAAAAAAAAGGUUAUAUAUUAUCCUAAGGCGAAGAGAAGUAUAUAACUUUUAUUGGCAUGAUGCUGGUAAAUGAAACUUCAAUACACAUACAAUACACACUUGAAGCAUUGUAUAGAUGACAUUUUAGUAGGCUAUAUUAUUCAUUCGUUGGUGCAUAUUUAAAUGGAGAAGUUUAAGUUUUCUUCCAAAAUGAAAAAAGGUGUUGUAAUGUAUGACUUCAUCCGUAUGUUUUCUUUUCUCUAUGUUCUUCAGUUUAGAGUAAGGUAUGUCAUUUAGUCUGGAGUUAUAUGAAAUUAUCAAAUUUGACAUCCAUGUAGAGGUACAAUUUAUCUGUAUAAAUCACACGUUUUGGGGACUGCAAACUUAGUUUGAUCGUGUUAAAAUGUAGAUUACACAUUUAACAGUUUGGCCUCACCGAAAUGGUUAUACUAUCUAUGGUAAUCAUGAGAAAUUGACCCCAAAUAGUGCAGUGCUGAAUAACUUAAUGAAGGUGAAUGGUAGAUGUACGAUUUUAUAAUAAAAGUAAACAUAUUUGCCUAUUUUAUGUCUUUAAAAAGAAAUGAAAAAACCAUUUCUCAAGCUUGGAAUGUGCUUCAAAUUUCAGGAUGUUAUCUUUGUGAUGUUAGCUUUCUAAAAAUUUGUAAUGUGAAUGCUCUAGAGGUCUGUUUUUGAAAAAAAAAUCCACUGCUUGCUCAUGAAAUGACCUCACAUUCAAGAGUUAAAACUUGUUGGAUCAACAAUUUGGGUGGAGUCCAGCACAUGCUGAGUUUCAGGGGAGCAUUUCAUGAAAGAACUUGUCGGGAGUUAUUUCUGUCAAGUCUGUUUCCAUAGUAACAGUGCUUCUUCGCUCAUCAAAAUCAAGGGAAGUUGUCAGAUCUUGGCUCCGUAACACAAAGCAUAACGAUUGAUCCUACGCUUGAUUGUACAUUGUAGUCAAUGCAAUCAAUUGUGAAAAUUUGUUUUAUGGUCAUUGCUAAGCUUUGUGUUACAGGCUCCAGGGGAGCGUUUCAUGAAAGGACUUGUCUGACACUUGUCUGUCAAGUCCUGUUUUAUCCGACAGUGACCAUAGUAACAGUGCCUCUUAGCCAAUCAAAAUCAAGUAUAGCUGUCAGAUGCCAAACGUUGAUGGAAUGCUCCCCAGAAGAAUUGAGUCAAUUUGUUAUUUUGUGAUUCCAUUGUUAAUAAAAAUAGAUAAGUUUGAAGAAUUUUGCUAUUUUGGCGAAUAUACCCAGCAAUCUUCAAAUUGGCAAUUUCAACUACGGUAUUAAAAAAUAUCAAGCGAAGUGGAGGUAUAAAAUUUCUACAGAGAGGAGAAAGCCUUUUAGUUUAGAACCUUGAUUUUGCCGUCAAGUGCUUGUGGUGUAGUGAUAAAAGGUACAGGUCAAAGCUCUACACUGCUCUGACGCAAUGGCAUAGGCUCACAAUUCCUAAUCACGCUCUUGGUGGCUCAUAAUAUUUUCAGUUAUGAAUUGAUAGCAAUAGCAUUUAUUCCAUCGAAUAUAAACCUGACAAUAGUGAAUUCUGAGAAUAAAAACAAAAACUAAAUAUUCACUUAGUCUUGCGGAUUGAAUGGCAGUUGGGUAAAAUAACGAACUUGGCUCAGAAUAUAAAUACAAGAUGUAUUGCAAUUUUUGUUAUUGAACAGUUCAAUUAAACCUGAAAAAAGUGAAUGUUGACAAUAAAAGAAACUAAAUAUUCAUUUAAAUUUUGUUUGUUUUUAUUAAACUCUAGUUAUUUUCAUUUUAUACUCAACUAGGCUACCUGUCCAUAUACAUGUAACAUAUUUGGGCCCGGUUACACAAAGAUGAGUAUUUGAUUGUAGGACUGAUUCUUAUAAUUGAUUGCAUCGAUUAUUAUGUGCAAUCAAUGGUACAAACCAACUCUACAAUCAAUUGCUACAUUUUAUGAUACUGGGCCCUGAUAUGAAUCCAUUCUUGUGUAUCGUAUCCGUAUAAUGGCUUAAUUUAUUUUAACUAAAAAGAAAGAAAAAGGUCUUAAAGAAUUUAAGGAGCAAGUGAUUUGAUUUGAUACAAUCGAGUAUAGAAUAGUGAACUUUUUUCAGAAGUAUAUUAUUAGAACAGUCUAAGACUUCAAAGCUUACAUGAUAAUAGACAACUAUUUGAAAUGUGUAACUUUUGAUAUCUCCAGUGUUGAAAAUUUGGGUAUACUUUUUUUAAGGUAUAGGAAAGAGUACCCACGAAAUUUGUCAAAAAUGAUUUGUCGCACAAUACAGAACAUGCUAAUAUCAAAUGUCUUGCUAUUACAUUUUGUUUCAUAUUAUUCAGUAAAAUAACGGGCACAAUGAAAGUGAAAUUUUUUUUAAAUAAAUUCCUUUAUGACAAAAGUA